AUGUUGCGAAAAAUAAAAAUACUUGCACCGCUCCAGCUCAAAUGGACUCCACCACUAACCAGCUUUCUGGCCCGGUAUGGCACAUUCUCACCACGUGAGUUUCAGUACGAAACAUCGGAUGGCGAAAGUGGCACACUGAUGCACCGGUUCUCCCGGCACAUGUCCCUAACGAAACGUGAUUUCACCGACAAAACAAAGUACGGUUUUAAGGUGUCCCAUUUCUAUCCCCUGCCGGAUGUGAACAGCUAUAGGCAGCAGAUACGUGACCUCGGGACUACCGAUUUGGCAAAGCUGAUUACCUUCACGACGGAUUUUCGCAGUAAAACAGAUUUCCGAUCGUACACCGAGAUCGUUAAUGCACUUGACGAGGAAUGUGUGCGAAGGGUGCCGAAUGCUACAAUGUACGAACUGCUGGAAAUGUUGCACUGUUUCAUGUACCUGUUGUCGAACAAAAUUGCUCAGCUGAAAUCGUAUCAAACGACCAUACCGAAGCUAAUACAGUUGUUUGGAGAGUCGGAAAAUGAGCGUGACUUCAUGUCGAUCGUAUUCUUUCUCGGUUUGUGGAAGCGCAACAAAACGGGCACGAUACUGAUGAAGGAAUUUCUUCACCAAUAUCUGGACCGAUACCUAACGCCGGAUAUGACACGGAUGGAUUUCAUCGUACUGGCAAAUGCAACAUACAAAACGAGCAUUCGAAUGGUGGACGAAUCAGAUGCUUUUAGGAAUAGAUUAACGCAAGAAAUCGUCGAGUUCAGUAACGAGGAUGAUUCGGCGCUGCUAGUUACGCUGAUAAAGUGUGCUCGGAUGAACCGGCUCGCGUCCGGUGAGAUCAUGGAUAAAAUUCACUCGUACACCGAAUCGAACAUUACCCGUAAAGAGCUAGACUUCCGAGGCCUUUCACAUCUAUUCGCGUACGUAGCAGACAAUCGGGUGAAGGAUGACGCCUUGACAGGCCUUUUCGUCGAAGGAUGCUGGACACGAUUCGAGACGGAAGUUCGUACGCACGGGUUUGAAACACAGUCACAAUCCUGCCGACCAAAGGAUAUUGCAACCUUCCUGUGGAGCUGUGCCACACUAGGCGUACCACUGGAAACUUAUAGCGAAGUUAAUUUAAACAUGAUUGAGAAAGCAAUCCGGCUGAAAGUUGACGCCGGUGAGUAUCGUUAUACCCCGGACGUGCUUGUCGAUACGAUCCUUUCGCUGUGGAUCUGUGAUCGCAAGUCAAUUGGAUUAUUUCGACUACUGUUCAAAGAUCGUGCUCUGGUGCAAAAUCUCCGCAAGGAACGUACGAAGCUUGAAUCGAGAAAAGAGCUUCUGCUUAGUUGUGCAGAAAUUGAUCUGCCCGAUGCGAUGGAUAUGAUGAAAUCGAUCAGAAAAUCGACCGGAGAUGCAUUUGUGAUAAAUCGCCUAUCGCAGGAGUUUUUGCUCCGACCGGGACUAAAGAGAGUGGCCGAAUGUUUGGAACUUUUAAAGGAAUCGAAACAGAUUCCCAUAUCAAGCGUUAGCUUUAAUUUGCCAGUGAAGCAUUUAAAUAUUGCUGGCAUUUUGGUGAAAUUGACUACGGGUGGUGUGCAGAAUUUGGAUGUUUUGGAUGCAAAACAUUGCCUGAGCGAUGGGGAAUCACCUGUAGGACUUAUGAAGCUAAAAACACGGAUAUUGAAAGAUAAAGCAGUGGACCAUGCAAUGGUUAAUGUAUGUAGGUUCGAUACACCGGAUGCUUUAGAGGAGGAAUUGAAGCGUAUUUUGCUAGAACCAAAGUAGUAAAACAAUCGCGUGUAGUGCAAACUAGCAGAACAAUAAAGCUUUC